UCUCUUGUUCUUCCUUUUUCUUCUUUCCUUGAUAUUUUUUUCAGUCUUCGUUGUUGUUGAUCUGGUGAAUAGGAAAUGGGAAGGGGUAGAGUAGAGCUGAGGCGGAUCGAGAAUAAGAUCAAUCGGCAGGUAACGUUCGCCAAGAGGAGAAACGGUCUGCUCAAAAAGGCUUACGAGCUGUCCGUUCUGUGCGAUGCCGAAGUCGCCCUCAUCGUCUUCUCCACCCGCGGGAAGCUCUACGAGUUCUCCAGCAGCUCCAGCAUAUUGAAGACGUUGGAGAGGUACCAAAAGUGUAAUUAUGGGGCCCCAGAGCCAAAUACGAUAUCAAGGGAGAUUCAAAGUAGUCAACAGGAGUAUCUGAAACUUAAGGCACGUGUUGAAGCUUUGCAGCGAUCUCAAAGAAAUUUAUUGGGUGAGGAUUUGGGGCCGCUCACAAUCAAGGAUCUUGAACAACUAGAGCGGCAACUUGAUGUCUCAUUACUACACAUAAGAUCAACAAGGACACAGUUUAUGCUUGAUCAACUCACAGAUCUCCAAAGACGGGAACAAAUGCUUUGUGAAGCUAACAAGGCUUUGAAGAGAAGAUUAAAUGAAAGCCCCCAAGCCAACCAACAGCUGUGGGAUCCAAGUACUGAUGGCAUACCUUAUGGUCGUCCCCAACUUCAACCACAGGGCGAUGGGUUCUUUCAACCCAUAGUUCAACAAAUAGAAUGUGAACCUACACUUCAGAUUGGUUAUCAUCCAGAUCAAAUUGCAACAAUUGCUGCAACAGCACCAGGGCCAAGUGUGAGCAGCUACAUGCCUACAGGAUGGAUUUUGUAACAACAAUUAUCAAAUCUAAAUUGCAUCUCUGUGUGUUGUGUUGUAU